UAUAUUUAACAGUCUGCAACUUGCAGCAUUCCGUUACAUAGUAGGGAGAAGAGGUCAAUCUUGUUGAAGCCAUAAUUCUGUGAUUUGAAAUUCAAGUUGCUUAAAAUGUCGCGUGUUACUACUUUAUUGCUGCUUAUUUGCAUCAACGCGGGGUUAUCUUAUGGAAUGGAGUGCACGUUCGGGAACAAAAACUUCAUAUCACGAGCAAUCAAUUCAUGCCCAGGAUUGCUUGAUCCUAUGGAAAAAUCUUAUUGUUGCUAUGAUAUUUCUAGUGAAAGAACUUAUUGCUGUGAUGCCAUGGAAUUUAGUUUGCGAUCGUCAUGGAUAGUGCUGGUAGUGAUUAUCAUAUUAGCCGUUGGGUUUACAAUGAUAGUAUUCUGCAUAUCAUGCCUAUGCUGUAGUUGCUGCCCGUGGUAUCGCAGACGUCAUCGAGGAACAGUUUAUGGAAAAGUACAGAUACCUAGUAUGGUACAUGUAAUUCAAUCACCCACGAGUAUUCCACAACCAACUCCACACUAUAUAAACACUGCGUAUCCUACGAAUUCAGCAGGAAUAUCACAACCACCGAUUUAUUCUGAAGUUAUUUAUGAAAAACAAGCACCUUAUAAUCCAAAUUAUAUGUCUUCAACGCAACAGUAACGUCGAAUAAUGUUUGAGGAAGUCCCAUCACAAACCGUGUAUUUUCGAAAUGGAUGCUUGUAACAUGAUUUUUCGUUUACAAGUGUUACUCGUCUUCCCCUUCCAAGACACUAAAGACGCAGUGAAGUUCCGAGUUUUCACUAAUCUUCCUUAAUCCUAAAGAGUGAAGGAAUGGGGUACUCGUACAAUUAUUACAUUUAAAUUACUGCGAUAUUUCAGUUGAACACAGGAAAUAUCAAUAUCAGUAUUUAUUUAGGAUAUGCGACUUUUUGGACGAUUUUACAAGAAUGUGUCCAAAUGGACAAUUCAAUAAAUUAUGAACUUUUUAUUUA